AAUGACGUAAUGGCAGUAAAUUUAGCAAAUGUGAAAUUUAAACGUAAAUAUUGAGUUAUAAUUUACUAUUGUUUUCUUUUAAAGCUUACAAAGCCGUUGGAAAGACUAAAGAGGAAAUGUCCAGUCAACUUGAGAAACACUUAUUCAACUUAAAGUUUGCAGCGAAGCAAUUGCAAAGGAAUGCAUCAAAAUGUGAGAAGGAAGAGAAAGCUGAAAAGGCUAAAAUCAAAAAGGCAAUACAAAAAGGAAAUAUGGAAGGAGCCAAGAUACAUGCAGAGAAUUCAAUUCGACAGAAAAGUCAAGCUUUAAACUUUCUAAGAAUGAGCUCGAGAAUUGAUGCUGUUUCACAAAGAGUACAGACUGCUGUGACAAUGAAACAGGUUACUGGCUCCAUGUCUGGUGUUGUCAAGUCAAUGGAUGUUGCUUUGAGAUCCAUGAAUUUAGAGAAGGUGUCUGCUUUGAUGGAGAAAUUUGAGAAGCAAUUUGAAGACCUGGAUGUUCAAUCUGGAGUCAUGGAAAACUCAAUGUCCAAUAGUGUUACAACUUCAGUUCCUCAGGAUAGCGUUGAUCGUUUAAUGCAUGAAGUUGCAGAUGAGCAUGGUUUGGACAUGAACAUGGAACUUCCUCAGACAUCUCAACUAGGCGCAGCGUCUACUGCAUCAGUUGAACAGGACGAACUUAGUCAACGCCUUGCGAAAUUAAGACAGUAAAAUUGGAUUUGCGAUGUGCGUAACUUUAUAAAGAAGAAUUUACAGCGACAAAGUCAGUCUAUGCAAAUCAUCGUUAAUUCUAUCCAUGUGUAUAUAUCUUAUAUGUAUGAUUAAAGGAAUGGGGUUGUCUUCCCAGAGGAAAAUAGA